GGUGUGGCAUCCAAGAGGUUUUCCCGGGAAGGGGAAGAGGUCAGAUGUUUAAGAUGCUGAUGAGACCAGCCACUUGGCCCUUGAAGGGGCAACAAGGAGGACGGCGUGGUGACUCAGUGGAGACAGGCCGGGGAAGUGUCACUCUAAGGGGACCAGGAGGGGCGUAACACCCUGCCGUCAGGCAGCAUCACAGGCUUUACCUGAUGCCCCUGACUUCCCUCCCAGGAGGCCCCUGAUUCAUCAUCCUCCUUCGCAGCCCCCGACCUGGGGCCCCAGGAGCCCUGCAGACGGUUAACCAUGGCGAGGUUCGGCCCGGGCCCCCAGCCCCUCGGGUGAGGCUCCGCCUGGGGCUCCGAGAACCGCCCUGAAUCAUGGGGGUGAAGAGAGCUCCAAGCAGGCGACGUUCUCGCUGAAAGUCGUGGCCCAGGCCGAGUGGCGCUUCCUGCAGCCCGUCCUCAGGAGAGGUGCCUGCCCCCACCAACCCCGGCUGGGGGUUGCCACUUCCACGGAUGGGGAGGUGGGCCCUGGACGUGGCCUUUGUGUGGAAGGCGGUGCUGACUCUGGGGCUGGUCCUUCUCUACUACUGCUUCUCCAUCGGCAUCACCUUCUACAACAAAUGGCUGACGAAGAGCUUCCACUUCCCCCUCUUCAUGACGAUGCUGCACCUGGCCGUGAUCUUCCUGUUCUCCGCGCUGUCCCGGGCGCUGGUCCAGUGCUCCAGCCACAGGGCCCGCGUGGUGCUGAGCUGGCCCGACUACCUCAGAAGAGUGGCUCCGACAGCACUGGCAACGGCACUUGACGUGGGCUUGUCCAACUGGAGCUUCCUCUACAUCACCGUCUCACUGUACACAAUGACCAAAUCCUCAGCCGUCCUCUUCAUCUUGAUCUUCUCUCUGAUCUUCAAGCUGGAGGAGCUGCGUGCGGCGCUGGUCCUGGUGGUCCUCCUCAUCGCGGGGGGCCUCUUCAUGUUCACCUACAAGUCCACGCAGUUCAACAUGGAGGGCUUUGCCUUGGUGCUGGGGGCCUCGUUCAUCGGCGGCAUCCGCUGGACCCUCACCCAGAUUCUCCUGCAGAAGGCGGAGCUUGGGCUCCAGAACCCCAUUGACACCAUGUUCCACCUGCAGCCGCUCAUGUUUCUUGGGCUCUUCCCUCUCUUUGCCAUCUUCGAAGGUCUCCAUUUGUCCACGUCUGAGAAGGUCUUCCGUUUCCAGGACGCCGGGCUGCUCCUGCGGGUGCUCGGGAGCCUCUUCCUGGGCGGGGUUCUCGCCUUCGGCUUGGGCUUCUCCGAGUUCCUCCUGGUGUCCAGAACCUCCAGCCUCACUCUCUCCAUCGCGGGCAUUUUUAAGGAAGUCUGCACUUUGCUCUUGGCGGCCCAUCUGCUAGGGGACCAGAUCAGCCUCCUGAACUGGCUGGGCUUCGCCCUGUGCCUCUCGGGGAUAUCCCUGCACGUCGCCCUCAAGGCCCUGCCCUCCAGAGGGGAUGGCGGCCCCAAAGCCCCCAAGGGGCUGGGUUCCAGCCCCGACCUGGAGCUGCUGCUUCGGAGCAGCCAGCUGGAGGAGGACAGCAACGAGGUGGCGGAGGAGGAGGAGUACUUCGUGGCCCAGGGAUAGCGGCGACCUGCCUCUCCCACGCUUUGUGCCAGGCGGCAGCUCAGGGCCCCGGUGGCUCCUCGCAGCAACUGGAGCCACGGGCCUGGGUCAGGGACUUGGUCAGACCGGCCAAGCGAGCACCCAGAGCUGGGCUGUGCUGGGCCGGAGUUGCAGCGGACGGAGGGAGGGCUCUUUCUCAACUGGCUGCCAGGACCGUGAUUCCAGAGGCCUCUCCGAGGGGCCUGGUUUGGACUGUGGAGCAGCUGGGACGGGGACAUGGAGAGGCUUUUCGCCCCGACAGUCUUUCCCCGGAGAGCAGACCUGGUUACGGGUUGCAAAUAAAGGGUGUUCGGUCCUCUG